CUUGGGCAUUGGACAAGCAGAGUUAGUGCAGGUUGUAAGAGCGCAAAGAGGAGGAGGCGCAGAAGUUGUCCGAAAUGGUCAAUCUGGCACGGCUUGUCAAGAAUUGAAAACGAGGCUAGAGGAAGGGUGAACCAGAGGAAGACACCUCGCAGCCGUGAAAUGGUCAGAUUGACAUAAUAAACUAGUCCAAUCAUAAGCAGCCUACCUAGACUAGUGAAAGUGAAAACAAAUAGGCUAAACACUUCUACCCCAACUGAGCCACAACCCCCUGUCGGUCUGGCUUACUUAAAUGCUGCUUCCUCUACACACGUGCAAAUGGCUUGCUGUCUGAAAGACGAGCUCUUGUGUUCAAUCUGCCUGAGUAUCUACCAAGACCCUGUCAGUUUCGGCUGCGAGCACUACUUCUGUCGGAAGUGCAUCACGGAGCACUGGAGCAGGCAGGAGCAUCACGGCGCCAGAGAUUGCCCAGAGUGCCGGAGGACCUUCGCCGACCCCUUGCUCUCCCCGAGCCUCAAGCUCUCCAACAUCGUGGAGAGAUACUCUGCCUUCCCGCUGGAUGCCAUCCUCAAUGCACAGAGGAGCACCUACCCCUGCAAGGACCACGAGAAGGUCAAGCUCUUCUGCCUCACCGACAAGAGUCUCGUGUGCUUCUUCUGCGAUGAGCCCGCCUUACAUGAACAGCACCAGGUGACCACCAUUGAUGAGGCCUACGAGGAGCUACAGAGGGAGAUGAAGGAACAGCUGGUAACGCUGCAGGAGAGUGAGAAGGGGCACACGGAGGCUCUACAGCUGCUCCAGAGACAACUCACAGAGACCAAGUCGUCGGCGAAGAGCCUGCGGGCGACCAUCGGCGAGGCGUUUGAGCGGCUGCACCGGUUCCUGCGCGAGCGGCAGAAGAGCAUGCUGGAGGAGCUGGAGGCGGACACGGCGCGCACGCUCUCCGACAUCGAGCACAAGAUCCAGCGCUACAGCCAGCAGCUGCGCGACGUCAAGGAGGGCAUCCAGAUCCUGCAGGAGCGCCUGGGCGAGGGCGCCCGCCACGACUUCCUGGAAGGGGUCGCCCAGACCUCUGAGAGAAUCAAAGGGAAGAUCCACGAGACCAACCUGAGCUAUGAAGACUUCCCCACAUCCAAAUACAUGGGACCACUGCAGUAUACAAUCUGGAAGUCCUUGUUCCAGGAUAUAUCACCAGUUCCCGCGGCGUUGACCCUCGACCCCAUCACGGCGCACCAGCGCCUCAUCCUGUCGGACGACUGCACCAUCGUGGCGUACGGCAACCUGCACCCGCAGCCGCUGCAGGACUCGCCGCGGCGCUUCGACGUGGAGGUGUCGGUGCUGGGCUCGGAGGCGCUGGGCGCCGGCGUCCACUACUGGGAGGUGAUGGUGUCGGAGAAGACCCAGUGGAUGAUCGGCGUGGCCAACGAGACGGUGUCGCGCAAGGGCAGCAUCCAGAUCCAGCCCGGCCGCGGCUUCUACUGCAUCGUCAUGCACGACGGCAACCAGUACAGCGCCUGCACCGAGCCCUGGACGCGCCUCAACGUCAAGAGCAAGCUGGAGAAGGUGGGCGUCUACCUGGACUACCCCAAGGGCCUGCUGGUGUUCUACAACGCCGACGACAUGUCCUGGCUCUACACCUACCGCGAGAAGUUCCCCGCCAAGCUCUACCCGUACUUCAGCCCCGGCCAGAGCCACGCCAACGGGAAGAACGUCCAGCCGCUCCGCAUCAACACCGUCCGCCUCUAAGGCGCGCCUGCACUGCCCCCUUGGGGAGCUGACCGCCGCCGUGGGAAAGGAAAGGAAAGGAAAAGGAAAAAGAAAAAAAAAGAAUAUGGCGGAGAACUUGGUGAUGCUGCCAUUGAUUUUCUCUUUCUUGCUGAGACCACCACAUCUAUUGACUUGAAGAAGAUACAAAAAAAAAAAAAUCAGAUAGUAGAAACCAUACUAUCUAGGGUGUAUUGAAAAAAGAGGGGAAAAAAACAAAAAAGCAAAUGUUCUGUCCUUUUGGUUUAAUGUCUGAUGUAAGACAUUUGGUUUUGUGGCAGUAUUGUUUAUGGUAGCCCUUGGAUAUGUGAGGGUGUGGACAUCACAAAGUGUGUGUGUGUGUGUGUGUGUGUGUGAGAAAGAGACAUUGCGUUGUGUGCGUGAAUGGAAAAGACAGACUUAAGCACAGCCAAGGCGCCUGUAUUGGUUUCUUUGCUUUGUGAAGGUGAUCAUUCGCAAUCUUGCCACAGUCCACAAUCAGUAUCCCCAGUUGCACUGACCGUGCAGGACAGUGCUCACCCCACACACCCUAUCUAUAACCACUCUUCGUAUAAAGUUUGGAAUUCCGAAGAUGAUUCCACUCAGCAAAGACCAUCGUAGUAAACGCGUCGCCUUUUCACUUCCUCUUUGUGCAAUGGGCUUUGGUGUGUGUGUGGAGUCCCACUAGCACCACUAUGCCACCCUCUUGUUUUAUCUUAUUUUUUUAAUUAUUGUUAUUAUUUGAUGUGAUUUGGUGCGUGAGCAUCUUGUGCUGACAGUGGCUGACCUUUUCAUCAACCCCCUCCCCCGCUCCUCCGCUCACUCUAAAAACAGACACCUGGCCAUGUGGUCCAUUCCCACUCCUUGAGAUCAGUGGCUAGAGUUGGGAGUGCGGUUCUUUGGGCUUUACCCCUCCUCAGGAGCAAGUCAAUGUGUAGGCUGCUGCUGCUGCCUUCUUCCCAGCAGUACAGGCAGACGAGGUGACUAGCUACAGCAGUAAUUGUGAAUGUCAGUGGGUCGAUGUGGGCUUGCGUGUAUGGAUUAGGGGCUUCAGAUAGCUGUGUGUGUGUGUGUGUGCGCGUGUGUGUGUGUGUGUGUGUGUGUGUGUGUGUGUGUGUGUGUGUGUGUGUGUGUGUGUGUGUGUGUGUGUGUGUGUGUGUGUGUGUGUGUGUGUGUGUGUGUGUGUGUGUGUGUGUGUGUGUGUGUGUGUGUGUGUGUGUGUGUGUGUGUGUGUGUGUGUGUGUGUGUGUGUGUCUUUUUGGGGUGGGGGGCUUCAGAUGUGUCUGUGUGUGUGUUUGUACGCGCUGCUGUCUAUUUGCAUCUAAGUGACUGCCAUAUGUGUGUGUGUAUCAUUCCAUCCACCUGUCCGUCUUUUUGUGAAUCGGGCCGCAGCGAGAGAUCCUCUCACACAGACUGUCCACCUGCUGCUAGGAGGGGAGAUGCAAGGAAAGGUGGCAAACUGUUGCUAAUGUCAUUGUUGUGACAAUGUGUUAUUGUUUUUGUUUGUUUUGUUUUUUUGGUUUUCUUUUUUUUUCAUCUCUGCAUAUCACACACCUCCCAUCCUGUCCCCAUGGCAACGGCUCAGUGCCACUGACCGCAUCCAGGCUUGCGUUGUAACCCCUGCUGAAUUCUCCAUCACUCCCUACACAUCCCUCCUAAAGGGGUUGAGGCAGUGCCUGGUGUCUUGAAGGAAGUUUGUAGGGCAGGGUUGAGAUGGCUGUGUUAGCAGACUUGCUGAGUCUGCAAAAACUGUAUGCGCGAGGUAGCCUGGCAAGGCAAACUACACAGAAAUGUAUAGUCUGGGGUCGGACCAUUCACAGAGCUGAAGCCUGUGGGUGGGAUGAACAGUUGUCUUUCAAACUGCCUCUGCACGUAAUAGGCCCGCAUUUGUGACCAAUCGUAGCCGGUCGGCAAAACGGCAAAUACAUCCUUCUUUAAAACGAAUGACUUGAGUGCUUCUUUCUGCUAAACCUUCAAAGAAAAGCCCAAGUCUAACUCUUCCAAAGCCGAUUGAAACGAGCGCGCUUCGUUAGCCUCAUCCAUCUUUUGUUUUUCUCUAUGGUUGUGCAACACGUCUCACAUCCAACUUGUCGAACGAGGACGCAUGGUCCAGCCCCCAGAGGCUUGGCCUCAACGGUGCGACCCUAGACCAUCCAGCUAGGCAAAAAUAUUUUUGCCCGCUAGGGUGCGUCUAGAUUUCUAGGCUAUGCGCGAGGGGUUUUCCACUGAUUUCUUCCCCUGGGCUCUGUAAAUAGGAUCUGGACCCACAAUGCAACUUGAUUUGGGAAGUGCCCAACAAGACCACAGAUCUGAGCCACUGGCAGAGUAGAUAAAAGUUCCAACAUGAGCUUAGAAGAUAAUGUGUGUGUGUGUGUGUAUGUCCCUCUUCUGUUCUCAGAUGUGUGUGUGUGUGUGUGUGUGUGUGUGUCUCCUGAAGGUGCGUUUCCUGAGGCCAUGUUUGCCACUUCCUCAGUGUAAACACUUGGUGCCCUGUUAUUCUCCACGGCUCAAUUACCGCGCCGCGCUGGGCUCUCCGGGCUCUUAGCAGCCGUCUGCAGCUUCAAAGCAUCACCGAGCGCCACCGCUGCGCUGAUCCCAUCCAGAUACAGUACAUGCAGAACGGCAUGCAGUAACGCAACACAAGCGGCUGAGAGUACAGUAGGGUGAUGCUGACAGAGGAAGAACUGUGGAUUUGGGGGGGGGGGGGGGGGGGCGGCAGAGGGGGGGUGCUCUGUGCUAGCACCUCAGAUGGAUGACCAAGUCCAGAUGGAGACCUCAUGCCCAUUUUGAGAAUUGUGUGUACAUAAGAUCAAACAAACAUGCACAAGCAAGCAGCUCUCCCUCCCUCUCUUUCUCCGUCUUUUUCUUCCUCCUUCUCUGCACUCAUCUGUCAUUCGUUCCCUCCAUUUCAAUCUUUGCUCAUAUUGUUGGUUACUUUGUAUCCCACUCUCCCUCUCUCUAACACACACACACACACACACACACACACACACGUACACACACACGUAUAGAGAGAGACUGACCCACAGACACAACCACAUUCAAACCAGACCGAAUGGGCCAUCUCCUGGUUGUCCAUGCACGAUUGUUGCUGUGUGUGUGUGUGUGUGUGUGUGAUCUGUGUCAUGUCGUGUUUAAGUGUCGGGGCAGUGCCCUGCAAAUCUUGUUGGAUGUAGUGUUGCUGAACAAACCUACACAGGACUUCUGUGGGGUCUCUCGUACCACACUGGGUCCUACUCCCACCCUCAUUGACUUUCUUAUCUGAAUCUGGGGUUGAUUAUUAUUUUGGUGGUGGGAUGUGUCGAAUAUUAAAGAUGAUUUAUUAUUUACGCUUGUAAUGGAUAAUGAUGAUUAUUAUACUGAUGAUGAUGAUGAUGAUAAUGAAGAUGAUUGUGUCUUUGACAGCCGCUUUGCACCUAUCAUUGCAUAAACACUCUCUAGUUGGCGUCUGCCGGCUAGAGAUUUCAUGAGAAAUGUGUUAAUGUAUGAAUAAAUGAUGAUGA